AUGUCGCGCGAAAGGCGCAUCACAGACGACUACUCUCUCCUCGACCACUACGACAACGACCACAACGAUGAUAGCUUUGAUUUCUCGGCUGCAUUGCGUAGUGAUCCUGCUACUGCUACACUCACUGCUAAAUCCACCACAACCGCCACGCAUCGCGGUGCAUCGCCGCUUGAAUUGGCCGAUCUGUUGAAUUUGGAGCAGCCGUUUGAGCCAUUCAGUCUUCAUGGGUACCCAGGAAAACACAGUCUCGGUCAAGUCGAGCAAGCACGUAUGGGGAGUGAUGGGCUCGCCACGGGUUCUGUUGGGAGUGGGCGACAAGGCCAUGGCAGGCAAGCAUUACUCUCGACUCAUACAACAACGCAGUACUAUCUACAUGGACAACCUCAUUCCUCGGCAGCAUCGGGCGUUUCCGCUGCUCACUUGGAUGAGAAUGUGCUGGAGAGUUUGUUUGAUCGGUUGUCGCAGUUGGAGUCGCAAGCCUUGGUGCAGCAAGAACAGCUUGGGAAGAUGGCCAAGCGUGUUGAUGAGCUUGAGAGAGAGAAGCGUGCGGUACAGCACCAGCAUAAGCAGCAGCAGCAGCAGCAGCAGCAGCAGCCGCCGCGAGAACAAAGUCCUGUUGCCGAUUCUGCCGAAGAGGCUUCUCAAGUUGCUGGAGAAGACGAAGCUGCUGCUACUGUUGAAACUGCUCUGGACGAAGCGUUCAAAGUUAAGGAUCCAAGUACAACAGAACCAUUUGCACCGGCUCGGACGCCUCUAUCACCAGAAGAGCUAGUCUCAGCUCAAGCCGAUACACCUGGACCAGUCAUCGCAGCUGCACCUGAACCGAUACCCGGGCCUACACCUGCCUUUAACCCAUCUCCAUCUCCUUUACCACAACAACAACGCCCAUCCACCUUCAGAUUUGGCCCUGCCUCUCGUGCCGUCCGUAUCGGCAACAUCCACGCCAGUACAACCUUUGCCAUGCUACAUCGCGUCAUUCGUUGUGGUCCCGUUGAACAAAUCUUCUUCACUCCCGGUCAAGGGUAUGCCGUUGCUUGGUACUUACACCCACGCGCAGCAGAGCUUUACUUGACCUGGGUCAACGAGCACGAUGUGAUGCUCGAUGGGAAAUGUCUUACAUUUGCAAGACACGAGACGCAGCUGGCUACAACACCACCGAGUCGGCAUUUACUCGACGCAGCAUCACGUGGUUGUAGUACGACACUUUGGUUGGAUGAGCCGAGACUCACACUCAAUGAAGUGCAUGCAGAUUGUUCACGUCUUGGCAAUGUGAUUGACGUGAAUCGUCUCCGUUCAGGCACUAUUCGGAUUGUGUUUGGCAGUAUGCAUGAUGCCCUUGAAGCGAUUAUGGCAUUGAAACGUAUGCGCUCGUACCGUGGCGCUCGUAUACAAUUCGCAAGGGACGAGUGUGGUGAGGAGGCGGAUAGUUCGCGCUUCCUAUUGCAGCAUUCGAGGCCGAAGCAGACGACGACUUCUUCUGCGUCGAGUGUCAAAGACGGACCUGCAGAGACGCAGCCAAUACAGACUGUUGCACAGACAAAAGAGGAAGCCAAAGAGCAAGAUGCUGCCAGGAGCAACACAACACACUUAAUUGCAGCAGAAGGCUUACUACAGCAGAAUGUGACAGGGACAUCCCCAGCAAAGCAAACAACAGCCAUGCAACAAGAACCAAAGGCAACCCUUGACACAGCGCAGAAACGUACCGCAGCAGCAGCCCUCGAGACGCCCACGACGCCACUCCCGAAACGACGAGCAAAACAGCCUGUCGUGGAGCCUACGGAGAUUAUUGUCCAGUCGGAUGGUGUUCAACGACCCAACACAGCUGGCUCAACGGAAGCGAAAGAGACUGAUCAAGCGGCCUUACCCAAAGUUCCUUGUAAGAUUUGUGGGUUGCGACAUUGGCGUUCUGGUCUGCAUCGGACACCGUGUCGGAUGCGUGGAGACUUGGCACUCAGGCGAUAA